AUGGGCGAAGGAGGCUUGGCCCGACUCUUCCCGAAACGGGCGCUUUGCCGCUUCGCGCCGAGGACGUAUAGGCCCCUGGGCAGCGCGGAGCCCGAGGAGGAGGAGGAGGAGGAGUGCGAGCUGCGAAUAAUUGAGCACGAGAAGGAAGUGGCCGCUCUGCCACCCAAAGAUGCCUGUAAAUGCCAGAAGGAAGACUUGGCGAAAGCCUUAAACGUUGAUUUACAGACUGGACUGUCUGAGUUUUCUGUGCUGCAACGCAGGUUAAGACAUGGCUGGAAUGAAUUUUUGAUAGAUAACGCAGAGCCGAUAUGGAAGAAAUACCUAGACCAGUUUAAAAAUCCACUCAUUCUUCUGCUGCUGGCCUCCGCUCUGGUAAGCGUGAUCACGAGGGAAUACGAGGACGCCGUGAGCAUUGCGAUGGCUGUGCUCAUCGUGGUCACCGUGGCCUUCAUCCAGGAGUAUCGCUCCGAAAAGUCGCUGGAGGAGCUGAACAAGCUGGUGCCCCCCGAAUGCAACUGCCUAAGGGAAGGAAAACUGCAGCACCUUCUAGCACGGGAGCUUGUGCCUGGAGAUAUCAUAUACCUUUCUGUGGGAGACAGGGUUCCUGCAGACCUCAGACUCAUAGAGGUUACAGAUCUGCUGGUAGAUGAAUCCAGUUUUACAGGAGAAGCUGAGCCUUGCAACAAGACUGACAGCGUAGUGCUGGAAGCUGGAGACAUGACAACGCUGAGCAAUGUUGUUUUCAUGGGAACACUGGUGCGAUAUGGGAAGGGGAAAGGGGUAGUUAUUGGGACAGGUGAAAAUUCACAGUUUGGCGAGGUGUUUAAAAUGAUGCAAGCUGAAGAGACUCCCAAAACUCCUCUCCAGAAAAGCAUGGAUAGGCUGGGGAAACAACUCACUCUUUUCUCCUUCGGCAUAAUUGGUUUAAUAAUGCUUAUUGGCUGGUUACAAGGGAAGCCUCUUCUCAGCAUGUUCACGAUUGGAGUUAGCCUGGCGGUGGCUGCCAUCCCUGAGGGCCUUCCCAUCGUGGUCACUGUAACGUUGGUGCUGGGCGUUCUCCGGAUGGCCAAGAAAAGAGUGAUUGUGAAGAAGCUUCCCAUAGUAGAAACCUUAGGUUGCUGCAAUGUCAUCUGCUCCGAUAAGACAGGUACUCUGACAGCCAACGAGAUGACAGUGACUCAGCUCGUAACCUCAGAUGGGUUCCAGGCAGAGGUUAGUGGGGUGGGCUAUAAUGGAGAAGGAAAUGUUUAUCUUUUGCCAUCAAGGGAGGUUCUUAAGGAUUUUUCCAAUGUCUCAGUUGGGAAAUUAGUGGAGGCUGGCAGCGUAGUUAAUAAUGCCAUUAUCAGGAAAAAUAACCUGAUUGGACAGCCCACCGAAGGAGCGCUCAUUGCCCUUGCAAUGAAGAUGGAAUUAACUGACAUAAAAGAUAUUUAUAUAAGAAAGAAGGAAAUUCCAUUUAGCUCCGAACAAAAGUGGAUGGCUGUAAAGUGCAUGCUGAAAAAUCAGGAUCAGGAAGAUAUUUACUUUAUGAAGGGAGCAUUUGAAGAAGUCAUUCGAUAUUGUACUAUGUAUAACAGUGGUGGCAUUUCAUUAUCACUUACACCCCAGCAGAAAGCCUUCUACCAGCAGGAAGAGAAAAGAAUGGGAUCCUCAGGUCUACGGGUACUUGCUUUGGCUUCAGGUCCAGAACUGGGCAGACUAACAUUUUUAGGUCUGGUUGGAAUAAUUGAUCCUCCAAGGGCUGGAGUGAAAGAAGCUGUUCAAGUCCUUUUUGAGUCUGGUGUAUCAGUGAAGAUGAUUACUGGAGAUGCUCUGGAAACUGCUGUGGCUAUAGGACAGAAUAUCGGUCUCUGCAAUGGGAAGCUUAAAGCCAUGUCUGGGGAAGAGCUCGAUCAACUGGCAGAUUCAGAGCUGGCAUCCACUAUCAAGAAUGUUUCCAUCUUCUUCAGAACAAGUCCAAAGCACAAACUACAAAUCAUAAAGGCUUUGCAAAAGGCUGGUGCUGUUGUGUCGAUGACAGGAGAUGGUGUUAAUGAUGCUGUGGCUCUUAAGUCUGCUGAUAUCGGCAUUGCAAUGGGACAAGCAGGUACAGACGUCAGCAAAGAGGCUGCCAACAUGAUCCUUGUGGACGAUGACUUCUCAACAGUAAUGAAUGCAAUAGAAGAGGGAAAGGGAAUAUUUUACAAUAUAAAAAAUUUUGUGCGGUUCCAGCUUAGCACGAGUAUUUCAGCUUUGAGCCUAAUUACUCUGUCUACAGUGCUCAAUCUACCAAAUCCACUGAAUGCUAUGCAGAUCUUAUGGAUUAACAUCAUCAUGGAUGGGCCUCCAGCCCAGAGUUUGGGAGUUGAACCUGUUGAUAAGGAUACUAUCAAACAGCCCCCUCGAUGUAUUACGGACACCAUACUCAGCAAAUCAUUGAUCCUGAAAAUCUUCAUGUCAGCUAUAAUUAUCAUCAGUGGAACCCUCUUUGUCUUCUGGAAAGAGAAUCCCAAAAGUGGCAUAACUCCCCGGACCACAACAAUGACUUUUACGUGUUUUGUGUUUUUUGACCUCUUCAAUGCCCUGACAUGCCGCUCUCAGACAAAGCUGGUAUCUGAGAUAGGCUUUUUUCGAAACCGCAUGUUCUUGUAUUCUGUGCUUGGGUCAUUUUUGGGACAGCUGGCUGUUAUAUACAUCCCUCCAUUACAGAAGAUCUUCCAGACGGAGAAUUUAGGAGUGUUAGACCUGCUGUUUCUCACUGGACUGGCUUCAUCGGUUUUCAUUGUGUCUGAGCUCGUCAAACUCUGUGAAAAGCGCUGCUGCCGACCAGAGCGUACGACAGGAGAUCAAAAGUGAGUGCAACGAUGCAGGCUUCCUCGGAGGAGAUACUUGGAAUGGAGGCAUGAUGCUUCCUAAUUCAAAUGCACCAUUUUCUGAUGAUGCACAUCCCUUCUGAAGAUGUUCAGGUGAAUCUGUGCGGACAGUCUUUCCUGCUCCGGAGUCUGUUUCUGUUACAUGCUCUACCUAAGCUAUUUGAGCUGUCUGCAGGGACCUCAGGAGCUGCUCCUGUUUAAACCAAGAUCAUGUACAUUUUUAUAAAACUCUGAUCUAUAUGUCAAGAAUGGAGUGAUAGCACCAGCUAAAACAAUGCAGUUUCAUACCUGUACAGAAAAAUCUACUGUGCAUAAACUGAAAUUUUAUU